GAUUCUUCAUUUCUCACCUUUUUACUUUUGCGUGUCGAGUUUAUCUCUCUUGUAGAGCGCGAUCUCCAUAUAAAUUGUAUUCUCCCUCCUGUAUAAAUCGCAUUCCUAUUUUUGCAAUUGAACGGAGUGAGAACUCAUGUGGCAUAUUAAGCAGAACAACAAGUUAUUAUGAUCGCAUAAAGGAGCCACGGAAGUAGAAUAAAAUCGAGAGAAUCGAACAUUGAGACAGAAGUGACAAUGUUGGUAUGGUGCGUCGGAAUUGCAACCACCCUACUGACCUUCCUCGUUUACUUUGCAUAUUUCUUCAAAUUCAACUGGGUGAAAGAUUUAAGAACUGAGACUAAGACCCGCAGCUUUUACGCAAGUAACAAAAAUCGAAAGGUAGGCAAAAAACUACCGCCGGUCUAUCCGAACGGAUGGUUCGCUCUGCUCGAAAGUACGCAGAUAAAAAAUGGUCAGGUGAAACACGUGUCUGCUCUCGGCGAAAAUUUCGCAGUAUUCAGAACCGAAAGAGGCGUUAUCAACAUUUUAGACGCAUAUUGCCCCCAUUUAGGGGCAAAUAUGGCCGAGGGUGGCCGUGUCAAGGGAGAUUGUCUAGAGUGUCCCUUUCAUAGCUGGACGUUUCGCGGAGAGGAUGGUUACUGCGAGAACAUACCUUAUACUACAAAAGUGCCAUAUGUCGCCCGAGUGAAAGUUUGGAAGAGCUGCGAAGUGAAUCGUGUUAUCUUUGUCUGGUACCACUCUGAAUCAACUGAGCCGGACUGGCAGCCCCAGCCGCACACAUUUGUUUCUACCGGAGCCUGGCGUUUCCAAGGUCGCAAUGAGUACCUCAUUAACUGUCACAUACAGGAUGUAACCGAGAAUGGGCCCGAUGUUGCGCAUCUCAAUGAGCUUCAUAGUCCAGUUAUAUUCCUCUCUCGCAAAUUUUCCUGGUUAGCUCGGCAUUUAUGGAUCAUCUACACAAGAUGGCAGCCGAAUUGGUCAUAUGACAGCCAGACAGACGAAGAAGAUGAAGAAGCAGUAAAGACGAGCGCCAAAUUGAAAGGCAUGUCAAUCCAUCCGAUUAAAAAUAGCAACAGGAAUCGUCACUUUACAGUUGCGCAGAACGUAGACAGAAGUAGGGAGAAGCACAAGGCCAGUGUGCACCUGUGUCACAAAUUGAUACUUUUAGAACGUUUUAGUUUAAUGGAGUCCGAUGUACGCGCAGAGCAGAUCGGACCUGGCAUCAUCGAGCUAAAUGUCAAUACGUCGUUCGGGUCUUUGUACAUUUUGUUAACAAUAACGCCGGUCGAACCGCUGCUACAACGGGUGAUCCAUCUGAUCUUCUCGCCACCUCUGCUGGCGCCAUACGCUAAUUUGCUUUUUCUGGGCGAGUGCGUGAUGUUUGAGCGCGACAUUAGAAUCUGGAACUCUAAGAGAUUCGAGCAACAUCCGAUCCUGACGCACGAGGAUCGCACCAUCCAAGUAUACCGCCGCUGGUACACACAGUUUUACUCCGAUCAUAGUCCCACCUAUGAGACGGCCAUGAAGGAUUUACAGUGGUAGCAAUACCUCCUUUUUGCAAUGUAAUUUGUAUAUUUUCUGUUAUAUUUGUGUAAGUGCUAAUAUUAUUAUUAAGAUAGAUAACUUAUGUAUAAUGCUUAUGUUUAAGCAUUCGAUGUUAUUAAUUAUGAUAUAAAUAGAUAUGAUUAGUAUAAAAUAAGAUUGAAGUCUUUAUCAGAGUGUCUAUACAUUUUUACUGUCACUUUAUAUGACAUAUCUGCAAUGUACAUACAAAAUUCUACAUCAAAUGACAACAAUUAAUAAACGACGAGCUGUUCGUCAUUUAGUCUAAUUGUUACAUAUUGUUUUGCUUAUUUAGACAAAAAUAGCGAGAAAAAAAAUGUUUAAAAGUCUAGCUCUCAAGACAUUAU